UCAGAGGCGGUGAAUAAUAGCUCUUCAAGUCUGCAAUAAAAAAUGGCCUCCAAUAAAACUACAUUGCAAAAAAUGGGAAAGAAACAAAAUGGAAAGAGUAAAAAAGUUGAAGAGGCAGAACCUGAAGAGUUUGUAGUAAAAAAAGUACUAGACCGCCGUGUAGUGAACGGGAAGGUGGAGUAUUUCCUGAAGUGGAAGGGAUUUACAGAAAAGCUGGUAAAGAAGAAGAUGGAGCAAAAAGAAAAUCUUUGUCUGACAGUGAAUCUGAUGAUAGCAAAUCAAAGAAGAAAAGAGAUGCUGCUGAUAAACCGAGAGGUUUUGCCAGAGGUCUUGAUCCAGAGCGAAUAAUUGGUGCCACAGACAGCAGUGGAGAAUUAAUGUUCC